AUGAUUUCUCUCAAACAUUGGGCAUGGGGCUUUAAGCCAGCUGCUCUUUUGAUUGUAUUGAUUGUUCUGGUGUUCAGUACCCAGCAUGUGGAAGCGACGAUUCCUACAUCCAAGCGCUUUGAUCUGUCAAAGCCUUCAUACGACCUCUUCCGCAGCAAGUCCCUGCAUGAUGUGACGGUCCAGCAAGGCUUCGCAUUUGACAAUACCAAUCGCCGACUAUUUGUCACCCAGCGACGUGAUGGCUCCUCUGGGACUUCGGGAGACCUAUGCGUCACCCAACUUGACUUCGACGGCAACUAUGUGGGCCACAUGCACCUAACGAGUUUUGGUCACGGCGUAUCCUUUGGUGUUCAAGCAGUCGGCUCGUCAUCCUACCUAUGGACGGAAGUGGAGGCCAAUUCGAACGGGUAUGGCAAGAAACUCGCUCGAUUUAAAUUCGUUAGUGGCACUACGCUCUCGUCAUCAUCGUCAUCACUCAAAAAGUUUGUCCCGAUCACUAGUGCUACAGAGCACACUUGUUCCAUUGAUCCCGUGAGCAACCGUCUCAUUGUCCGCGCCAACCUUAGUGACGGUAAAUAUAUUUCCGUGUUCGACUUGGACGAGGCAACGGAUGGGGAUUUCACCAACCCUCUCGCGAAUUUCAAGCAUCCAUCGCUGAAUACGGCGUCGGAUACAUUCCAGGGCUAUGCGGCGUAUGGCCAGUACAUAUAUCUCUUAUACGGCAACUCGUAUGAUGUCACCGAUGGUAAGGUCAAUUCAGACGUGACUGCUGUCAACAUGAAUACCGGAGCUGUCAUUCAAGGUCCUCUCAUUACAAAAGCGGGAUCAACGCUAUCAUUCCGCGAGCCUGAAGGACUGGCUAUCUAUCAGACUGCGGCUGGGGAGGUUCGCCUGUUCUUGGGAUUUGCCUCGGGUAAAAGUGGUGAUCGGCGAUCGAAUCUAUUCUACAAGAAUGCUCUGAUUUAG